CGCGGGUCCCUCGUGCGGGCUCCGCUCCUCCUGGGUGCUAUUUGACAAUUCCUGCCUCUGCCAUUGGUCAGUGUUGGAUCAGAUGGUUGUAUUUCCUUCUGGCCCUCACUGGCACCUCGCCAUCCCCCCUCAGCUAAAACCCAAUCUCAGAUAUACUACUAAUAGGCGCGGCGCUCGGACUAUAAAACACAACAAAUCAUAAACCCGGCGGAGCAGCAGCGGCCGUGCGCGCCUCCCCUUCCAAUGAGUUCCUAUUUCGUGAACUCCACCUUCCCCGUCACUCUGGCCAGCGGACAGGAGUCCUUCCUGGGCCAGCUGCCGCUCUACUCGUCGGGCUAUGCGGACCCGCUGAGACACUACCCCGCGCCCUAUGGGCCCGGGCCGGGCCAGGACAAGGGCUUUGCGGCUUCCUCCUAUUACCCGCCGGCCGGCGGCGGCUACGGCCGAGCGGCGCCCUGCGACUACGGGCCGGCGCCGGCCUUCUACCGCGAGAAGGAGUCGGCCUGCGCGCUGGCGGGCGCCGACGAGCCGCCCCCGUUCCACCCGGAGCCGCGCAAGUCGGACUGCGCGCAGGACAAGAGCGUCUUCGGCGAGACCGAGGAGCAGAAGUGCUCCACUCCGGUCUACCCCUGGAUGCAGCGGAUGAACUCUUGCAACAGUUCCUCCUUCGGGCCUAGUGGCCGCCGUGGCCGCCAGACCUACACCCGGUACCAAACGCUGGAGCUGGAGAAGGAGUUCCACUACAACCGCUACCUGACCCGGCGGCGGCGCAUCGAGAUCGCUCACGCCCUGUGCCUGACCGAGCGGCAGAUCAAAAUCUGGUUCCAGAACCGGCGCAUGAAGUGGAAAAAGGAGAGCAAACUUCUCAGCGCGUCCCAGCUCAGUGCGGAGGAAGAGGAAGAGAAACCGGCCGAGUGAAGGCCCCCCCGAAAAGUGGAGAAGGGGGCGGGUGGGGGACGCGCAGGGAGAGGCCUGGCUGGCGAGGAGCUGAGGGCAGAAGGGAGCAACCCCGAGAUGGCUCUGCGGGGCGGGUGGGUGGGUAGGGGAGCCCCGAGAGAGCCGCUGUCUGGUGCGCGACAGGCGGGGCCCAGCGCUCUCAUGCACGCCCCCCAAUUGCCCUGCCCCGCCCUUCCCGCAGAGCCUCCUUGGGCCUAGGGGGCCGCUUGAGCCCACCCAGCACCCCUCGCGUCCCCCCUCCAUCUCCAUGAGCCUGCCUCGGCCCCAUCCUGAGAACUGAGGUCUGGACUCACUUGAUGUUUCCUGGAAGCAGAGCUCAACGCUCUUGUCCCUGUCGCGUCUCAUUUCGUCCAUGUCCCCCCCCCCCACACCCGUGCACGGUUCAAUGGUAGAUUCGCAGACCCCUUGGUGGGGGUCCUCGAAGACUCCCUGACCCCAGACCUCGCUCCCAACCCCCUCCCCAAAGCCACUGGAAGGAGCACAUACUACCUAGAAGUAAGAAGAGGAGCCUCAGAAGAAUACAAAGUUCUAUUUUAUUAAUUUUCUAUGUGUUGUGUUUGUAGUCUUGUCUUAGCUCUGGACGUGAAAUACUUCGGUAAUAAUAUUAAUAUUAUUAAUAAUGAUGAUGAUGAUGAUAAU